AUGACGAAUGUAAAGGAUGUUAAUAAGAAUGACGAUCAUAAUAUAUCAUGUACUGAUAAGAAUAAAAUGAAAAAGACUAUUUCAGUAGAGAUAGAAAAAGAGCAUGAUGAAAAAAUAGAUCUUCCCCUUAAAGGGGACAAUAUGGAAAAUGAAAAGUAUCAACAGAAUGAACAAAAUGAUGGCAAUCCAAAAAAUGUCAAAAGUAUGGAAGGACUAAAGAGUACUUAUGAAAGAGGAGAAUUUUUUCAAAAAAGAGAAAAUGAGAUAUCUGAAGAAAAUUAUGUAACAACUUGUAAUAAAAAUGAUAUAAAUGAAAAGAAGGAAAUGAAUUAUUUCAAAAAUAAAAUCCAUGAUAAUAAUAAUAAUAAUAAUAAUAUUAAUGUACACAAUACUAGUACUAAUAAAAAUAAUUCAGAAGGAACAUACCAAUUAGAGUGUAAUAAGAACAUAUUCGAAAAUAAUUUAUAUAAUAAAAAUGAACAAGGAAAUGUAAAGCUUAAGAAAGAAAAUCCAACCUUUUUAGAAAUUCAAUUCAAGAAAUCAUUAUUAGAGAAUGAAAAUAUAAAACGUAAUAUAUCGGCAAAGAAUUUCUAUAUUAUAGAAGAAGAUAUGCUUAUUAAUAUUACUAUAAUAUUAGAUAGAAUUAUUGAACAAUUAAUUAUAUAUUAUAAAGAAAAAGAUAUAGACAUAGAUGAACAAAUUGUACAUUUUCAAAAUGUAUUUAAAGUAUUAUAUAAAUUAUUAAGUAAUAUUAGUUUUCAUCCAAAUGAAGAAAAAUAUAAAACUAUUAAAUUAAGAAAUAUACAAGUAAAAAAUACAUUUUUAAUUAAUGAUGAUAUAUAUAAUUUAAUUAAAUUAUUAUUUGAUAUAUUAAAUUUUAAUACUGAUUAUUCUUAUAUUAAACUAGGACAAGAUUAUGUGAAUAAAAUUAAUGUAGAUAUAAUUAAUAAUUCAGAAGGUACAGAAUUUUUAUGGAAAUUUCACAAAGAAUUUAAUGAUAAAGAUGCUAUCUUAUUUGAAUAUGUUUUAUCCUCAGUUAAAAUAAUAAUGAAUUCUCUAAAUAAAGAUAUAACAUAUAAAUAUUCAAAUUCAAUCGAAAAAAAUGAAACCAAAAAAAAUUAUCAAUUAAAUAUAGACAAAUAUAACAGAACUGAUAAUUUAAUUCAAGAUCAAAAAAGAAGUUUAGAAAAUUUAUCAAAUAUAGCAAAUCUUUCACUUAACAAUAAAAUUAAUAUUAUUAAUCAAAAAAAAAAAGAAGAACAACAAGCCCUAAGCGAUAUACGUAAGAUACAUAAUGAAAGAUACAAGGUUCAUAAAACACACGGAGAUAGUAAUACAAAUUUAAUGGAUACAAAUAGAAAUAAAAAUAUAUAUAAUAAAAAAGAAUAUUUCAAUAAAAAAAAUGGGCACCUCAACAAAAAUAAUACACAUAGUAUGUACAAUAAUAAUAAAAGUUAUGAUAAUGAAUAUGAUGAUAGUGAUAAUUCGAAUGAUAGAAAGAAUUUUAAAAAUGGAAAAAAAAAAAUAAAGCAUUUUUUUAAAAACUUUUUUAAAAAAAAUUAA